AUGGAUAUCGGUCAACAUCUCUUCUUUCUGUUACUGUCCGUUCAUGGUGGUACAGGUUACGAACAGAUCGGUUCCUUUUUGUUAUCCCAAAUGCCACCCAUUUACCAAUUGUUUAUUAGCUAUAAAAUAUCAGAGAACAUAGUCAGUAUUGUUAAACAUCUCAACGAUUAUGAAAUGAAAUGUUUCAUUAAAAAGUUUAUUUGGGAGAAAAUGGAAUUAUCGUCUUGGAGCAUACGACUUAGCACAUAUGUAUCAUCACCAGGAACUCAAUAUUCAGAGUACGGACGAGGGGUAGAGUAA